CUCUUGAUUGCUCUUGACAGGAGAGCCGAAACCAGAGGGACUAACAGAAAGGCGGAUUUCAUUUUUCAGUCUAAAUUACACACAAGCUACUAAAAUUGAGGUCAUGGCAAAGAGCAGUGACUUCCUAUAGUAAACAUGACUGGACUUUCGACCAUUUACUUCCUUUGAAGUGUGCUCUAAUUGUUUACGGUAUGAGGAUUAAUGAAAAAAGUUUGUCUAAAUUCGCCAGCAGUGGAGCACCUGCUGACAAGGAGGGGUACCUGCUCAAGAAGGGUGAGCUCAACAAAGGCUACCAAAAAAGAUACUUCAUUCUGAAGGGAAAUUUACUGUUCUAUUAUGAGAAGCGAUAUGAAAAAGAACCCGUGGGCGUCAUCAUUUUGGAGGGUUGCACAAUUGAACUGUCCGAAAAUAUUGAUGGAUUUGCAUUUCAGAUUGUUUUCCCAAAGACAGGUUGUAGGACAUAUCACAUGGCAGCUGAUUCUCAGGAAGAAAUGGAGGCCUGGAUGAAAGUGUUGUCUUGUGCUAGCUAUGACUACAUGAAACUGAUGGUGUCAGAGCUGAAGCAGCAGCUGGAAGAACUCAAGGAGAACAGUCAACAGCAACUAUUGGAGAAUGCUAUGAGAGACAGUCACUUAGUUUCAUCUAGUUAUUCACCUGUGGAAGACAAGGAUGAACCUACUUCAUUAGACACAAGUCAAAGACGUGUCAGGUUUAAUCCUUUUAAUGAUCCAAGCACUCAAAGAAAAAGUGAAAGUAAACAUUUAUAUGACUCGAUUGAUGAAGAACAUAGCCAAGUCGUGAAGGGGCCAUCUAAAAAGUUUUUACAACUCCAUGAGGAAUAUGGACAGCAAGUAAAGACACUCAGUGAAUUGUGGAGGGGGAGCUUUGCCGAGAGACCAGCAUCUGCCUUUGAACUUACAAGGACUUACUCUUCAUGCUAACGUCAUGCUAGCUAUAAAUCUCAGGACAGUGUCACAUUGUCCUCUUUAUAAUCAGCAUAUACAUGUAUAUUACUACUGGGUACCAGCAGAUUAUAAAAGACUUGAAUGUUGA